AAAAAAAAAUAUUCCACCAUACAUAUAGCCCAAACUUCCGCCACGUAAAUAACGAAUACAAGACGCGAUACACCGCCUUCGACGGUUGCUUUAACUUUCAUUGCUCCGUGAAAAAAAAUAACGAACUCCAAAAAUCUAUGGCGAUGAUGACUUGUUCAAGGAUUUUUCUCUGUUAUUCAACUCCAAGAUCCCAAUUCCCUACAGUCAUUUCUUCUCCUUCUCACUUCCUUACUCCAAAGAAAGCUACCUAUAAAUCCACCAAACAUAUUACUUUGAACGCCAACGGUGGUAACUCUCGUUUCAUGGCCCGAGUCUCUUCUUCCUCUGCCGCUGAAUUCCCCACCAACAUCGGCGAUAAGCUCAGCGACGUUACCAUUUUCACUGCUUCGGGUCAACCCGUUCUGUUCAAAGACCUCUGGGACCAAAACGAGGGAGUAGCGGUUGUUGCAUUUUUGAGGCAUUUCGGAUGCUUUUGCUGUUGGGAACUUGCUUCAGCUCUGAAAGAAGCAAAGCCAAAAUUCGACUCAGCUGGUGUGAAAUUAAUUGCUGUUGGGGUUGGUACUCCUGAUAGAGCUCGUAUCCUUGCCGAGCGGGUACCAUUUCCAAUGGACUCCCUAUAUGCUGAUCCUGAACGUAAGGCAUAUGAUGUUCUGGGUUUAUACUAUGGUCUUGGGCGCACAUUUUUCAAUCCGGCCAGUGCGAAGGUGUUCUCAAGACUUGACAAAGUGAAGAAAGCUAUGGAAAACUAUACCAUCAAAGCAACUCCAGAUGAUACAAGCAGUGUCUUACAACAGGGAGGGAUGUUCGUAUUCAAAGGUAAACAAUUGUUGUACGCACGAAAAGACGAAGGGACCGGAGAUCAUGCUCCCCUAGAUGAUAUCUUUGAUGUUUGCUGCAAAACCCCUGUUGCAUGAAGUGUUCCCUAUGCUGUAUAUUCUUCGAUCGUUCUAGGCAAGCCGGCUUCUGAUAUCGGUAUAUGCUGCAAAUUCUGGGUUACCGUUCCGAACACAUCUUAUUUGUAAUCCAGGCUGCAAAUUAUUGCCUUCAAUAAUGUUGGAAAUCCUACCUGGGAUAGUUUGAUAUAUGCAGUUUCUCAUGUAAAGCAUGUUAUGAUAGGAGAAAGAAAAUCUAUGAAAACCUUGAUCAAAUUAAAGUUCAA